GAAGUUCAUUCCUUUCCGUCUUCCUCGGCCGCUUGGCAGUUGUGAGUAUCUCUCCUGCGGUAAGCUCCGGUGGGAAAUCCAGCGGCAUCCUCCGUUUGUGGGAGUCCAGGGCGGACCUGAGGCUCGAUCUCCCAGGCCACGCGCUGACCCCUCGUCGCCGCCAUGCCCCGAAAAAUUGAGGAAAUAAAAGACUUUUUGCUUACAGCCAGGCGAAAGGACGCCAAAUCUGUCAAGAUCAAGAAAAACAAGGACAAUGUGAAGUUCAAGGUUCGCUGCAGCAGGUACCUGUACACUUUGGUCAUCACAGACAAAGAAAAGGCAGAGAAACUUAAACAGUCCCUGCCUCCUGGUUUGGCUGUGAAGGAGCUGAAGUGAAGGAAUCAUUCACAUUCACAUAUAUUAAAAUUUUGGGGGGAAAAAAGA